CUCCGUCGGCAAUAAUGGCAGAAUCGACGAGAAAUCUGACUGGGCUCGGAGGGGAAUCAGCGAAAUACGAAGAAGAAGAGAAUGAUGACUACAUGGGAGACCUGUCUCAGUUCAUCCCACCUGAGCUUACCCAAACCUCCAAAAGAAAGGAAUCUGAAAAGAAAACUGUAAUCUCUGAACCAUCUCGGAAGAAGUUAAAGAAUCUCAAUUGGCACGAGAGGCGAAGAUUGGAGAAAGAGAGGAAGCAAAUAGAAGAGGAUGAGCAGACACUGGCUCGUAUAGAAGACACCCCGAUUGGAGAAUCUAACGUAGGUUUUAAGCUAUUGAAGCAAAUGGGUUACAAACCAGGCUUUGCUCUUGGUAAAGAAGGGUCAGGUAGAGCUGAGCCAGUGACCAUGGAUAUUCGAAGGUCGAGGGCCGGUGUGGGAAGAGAGGAUCCACAUAAGGAAAAGAAGAAAAGAGAGGUGAUUGAGGCGGAGAAUGAGAAGAGAAAGGUUGAGGAAAUGUUGGAGGAUUUCGGGUCGAGACAGAAGUGUCAAUGGCGUAAUAAAAGAGUUGUGAUUAACUUUAAGAAGGCCAAGGCAGCUCUUGAUCAGCUUGAGAACGUAGAAGUUGUUCCCAAGAAGAAAAACGAGGAAGAUGGGGAUGGUAAGCCUGAUGAAGAAGAGGAAGAAGAGGAGGAGAUCACUGAAGAGGAUUUGCAAGAGAUAUUAAUGAAACUGAGAGAUGAACAUCGGUAUUGCCCUUUUUGCGGGUUCCAGUAUGAAACGACUGAAGCUCUUCUUUCCAAUUGCCCUGGCGUAGACGAGGAUGAUCACUAGAUAAGUCAAAGUGCUAUGGAAUUGAAAGCACACAAACGCAAUUUAUGUUUGCAGAAGCUUGGAGUCAGGCUGAAAAUUUCAUGGUUAUGUGGCUGAAGAGGAAGCUUGAGACAGGAGAAAGAGUGUUUGCAGUCGCAUAAGCGGGUAGGUGAAGAGGUACACACUAAAGGAUUUUAAGGACUUGUUAAUUCCCAUAUAUGAUAUAACUCAUGCUUUGAUGGAUAGUAGAAUGAUAAAAGCAUGUAAGAACUCCGAUUUGAUUAACAAUAUCUAAUUUGAUGACGAUGUUUCUGAUUC